AUGGCUUUAUCCAGCGAAGACGUUGUUUCAAGACUUGAGGAGGCCACGAAGGGAUUUGAUUAUUUGUUUGCCAAUGAUAUUGGCAAGGCUCGCGAGACCUUCGCAGCUAAGGACUCUCCUUUCCACGCUUUAGGACUGGGCGUUUGCGCAUUUUUAGAGGCAGCUUUGGGUAUGGAGUUGCACUUGAUGGGCGAGGCGACUCGCUGCUUGACACUAUCUGAGAAUGGUGCUAAGAAAUGCAUGAAAUUGGGGAAGACCUCUAGUGCUUCUGGGCGCUUUCCUCCUGGUUCCGAAUGGGAGCUGCUCCACGCAGAUGCUGUCAUUCUGCUAGGUUUAACCCAUGCCUUGAGCGAAUCAUAUAUGGGAUACGUGCAAUGCUUGUACGCACUAAACAGCGGUCAUUCCAAAUUUGCAAGGCUUUACAAGACCGUAUUCCCCGCCGGGUUAGAUGACUACGCAACACCAGCGUCGAGUCCGGGACCUUCGAGGAAACCCUCAACACCAAGUUUGAAGUCCUCAGCAGCGUCGAUUGACUCUACUGCAACGACCACUGCUUCGGCCAAACCAAGCUUCUUCGGCCGGUGGGGCAGCUCUUCGUCGGUACAGAAGUCUGUUACAGUGAAGGAGCCGCAAGGUCCUGUCGAGGAACUGAUUCUGUCUGGAGCUGCCUUCGGCUACGGUCUAUUCAACUUGGUACUCUCGCUUCUCCCUGCCAAAGUGAAGGGUGUUGUGGGUUUCUUCGGGUACACGUCCGACCGGAAACUCGCCCUUCAGGCAUUAGCAGUGUCCGCUGCGCGCUCUGAUGUACAUAGCGUCUUUGCCGGGUUAGCCCUGAUGACAUACCAUGGCGUAGUUCUCCUGCUGUCUGGGUAUCAGGCGGACGAGGACCAUAUUCUGAAGCAGUAUCGGGUGAUCGUGGAUAGAAUCUCCGCGAGGUAUCCUACGGGCUCCUUAUGGAUACUAAAUAGGGCGAAAAUCCUGCGCAUGUCUGGAGAUGCCCAAGCUGCGAUCACAGUGUUACAGGAGGGUCUUUCCCCGGAGCAUCCUCAGAUGUUCGUGCAAGCAGACGCCCUUUUAUUAUUUGAGCUCGCAUGGACUCUUCUGUCCCAGCGAAGAUACGAGGAAUCGGCAAAACUAUUUAUUGAGAUGACCGAACGAAAUAGCUGGAGUCAUGCUACGUAUUUGUUUAUCGCCGCAGGGUGCUUUAUCUCAGUAGGCAAUCGCGCUAAGGCUCAGGAGCUUCUGGACGCUGUGCCAGCUGCCAUGGAAAAGCGAAAGCUCCAUGGUAGAGAUCUGCCUACGGAGGUGUUCAUCAAGAAGAAGAUCACAUUCUAUAAGGAAAAGCAGAAGCGUAGAGGCGGGAAGGAGGCGGAAUAUGUCCAGUGCAUCAGCAUCAGUCCCGCGGAAGAACUUGGUCUCUUCUGGAAUACCCAUUCUAGGAUUGGUAAAGGUGUCGCCGAAGCACACAUCAAGGAAUGGGCCUCCUUGAGCCCGCCUGUUGCCAUUCAGAGCCCAUACAUCGUCGAUACUGCGGCAGUGGCGAACGUUCCGGAUCUGGACACGGAGGAUGAGCUGGCUCUACGUUCCCUACUUCUUGGUAUUGUGCAUCGGACGGUUGGUAGCUAUGCACCAUCGCGGGCAUUCCUUGUGGAUGCCAUCGUGCGUCAGCCCAAGAUUCGCGUCAGCACCUGGAUCUCUGGCGUGGCUACUUUCGAGCUCGCGGUUCUUGACCUGAAAGAGCUCGAAGCUGCCGAUCAGGAGGGUGGUCGGGAUCCGAAGGUUUCGGAGGAGGCGAAGCAAGCUUGGAAGACCGCAUUGAACAAUGCUGGCGACAAACUAGACAAGGCCCUCUCGCUCUCCGGGAAGGAGAUAGACUUGUCUUCGAGAUUGGAUACGAGGAUCGCUAUGUUACGGGAUGAGAUUGCGUUGAAGAAGGAAUUGAUCGGCCUCAGUUGAGGGUCUACUAAGUAGAUCUCUAGUGGGCUUCUUCCUCCUUGCUCGUUUGGCUUAGACUUUCUCUGGUUGAUAGACGCCUCAUAUAUUACUCGCUCGCGACCCUCUUGUUGCCUUCGUUUAAUCCCUGUAUUAGAUUUAAUCCUGCCACUAUACACGUAACGCCAU